GAAUCGAGGCCACGAUACACGGUGCCUCUCUCGAUUCGAAUCGGUAUAAAAGGCGAAUCCCCGAGGCGUGCCGGGGAUAGUCGUCGGUGAAAUUUCGCGAACAUGAGAGGCUCGCUGGGAGGGACGAUAAUAUUGGCUACGUGUUUCGCAGCCUGCGUGGCAGUCUGCCGCCCCGGAUUCAACGGAAGGAAUGAUUGGUACCGGUGCGAGGGGUUGAACGGGAUAAGCGAAUCGGUAUUGCCAUUCGGCGCGGUCGGAUUGAAUAUCGUCGAAUCGAAUCUGAGCAGGAUUCAGAGCGGCUCGUUCGCCAAACUUUCCGAAUCGUUGGAACAGUUGAACAUAACCGGAUGCGGGGUGGAAACGAUCGAGCCGGGCGCUUUCAGUGGUCUCGGGAAAUUAAAAGUAUUGGGCUUGGUUGAUAACAAGAUUCGAAGCAUCGACGCCUCUUGGAUCAGGGACGUGUCGAGGAGUCUGAAGGCGUUGAUCGCGUGGCGUAAUCGGAUCACCGAAAUAGAUCCCCAAAUUUACGAUCUGUUGACCGAGUUGGAAGUUUGGGACAUCGCCCACAACGAGCUCGCCCAUUGUCUACAACCGGAAUCGUUGAAGAAGCUGAAGAAACUUGGAACGAUCUUGAUCGCGGGCAACCCGUGGGCGUACAGAUGUCGUUUUUCCAUGACUUGGUAUCUGGGAAGAAAUCACGUACGUUUCAUCAGGGAUUGGGGCAUAACCGAUCUUCUGAUCGAGGAGUGCCUGGCUCACGAGCCAGCUGCGCAGCAAGAUGACGCGAUUUUGAACAAAUGCGUGGACAGAAAGAUCGGCUCCUCCGACUCGCUGCCUCAAAGCGUGGCCGGGUUGAACGAGCAAGUUCGAGAAUUGACCCGGAAGCUUCACAGCUUAGAGGCUGAUGUGGCCGCGUUGAAGAAGUCGAGGAUCUAAUUCCAUUCGUUCAACUCUUCCUUCUAUAUAUCACCUUAAUCACGGAUAAUCGAAAUGUCGAGACGUGGAUAUUAUUCGAAAUACAAAUGAUGAUUAUUUUUACCGAGGAAGUUUCUCCGUUCGAAUAAAGAUAUUAUUCAGAAGGGACGUAAUACUUUGCACAAUGUACACCAUAUCAUCGCGUGUCAAUCAGCGAGAAAGAAAGAAGAGUCAUCCCGUAUCGAUAACGAUCAACGCCAUGUAUCCCCGUAUAUCGAUCGUAGUCGAGCGCUGUUUCCAUAUUAAUAAACAUAAGCCGGUUGAAAAU